AUGGCCUCAGGGAACGACGGUGACCCGCCGAGGGCCCAGGGACGCCGGGGAAGCAAUGGGCGCCGGCUGUCGCAAGAGCUCAAUUCAGAAGACCAGGUGGCAGAGGAGACGGAGGAGGUGUUUCGGAGCUAUGCCUUCUACCGCUACCAACAGGAGAGAGAGGAGAGAGGGGAGGAAGUGCCCAUGGACGCAGAGAUUGAGGAGAUCCAGCAGGAGGUGGGCAGCACCGGGAGCCUGGUGGGAAGGCGCCUGGCCAUCAUUGGUGACGACAUUAACGAGCGGUACGACGCGGAGUUUCGCUACAUGCUGAAAUCCUUGCAGCCCACCAAGGAUAAUGCCUACGAGUACUUCACCAGGAUAGCCUCCAGCUUGUUCGAGAGCGGCAUUAACUGGGGCCGGGUGAUUGCGCUGCUGGGCUUCGGGUACCACAUGGCCAUCCACGUCUGCCAGCACGGCAUGCCAGGCUUCUUCCGCCGGAUCGCCCACUACGUCGCGGAGUUCAUGCUCCGGAACCGCAUCGCCCAGUGGAUCGCCCAGCAG